CGAAAGCCAUCCUGAGAUCUUCUAAUUGUUGACUUAGCCCCUAGUAGCUCUCUCUUAUUUUGCCAUUGUCUUUAGUCUGCAUUUCUUUUCUGAUUCGCUCGUUCCUUCGUACUUGUUCGUGAGAAGUGUUAUUUUUUUUCCUUUGAGGCAAGAUGGCCUUGCCUAUAUCUGCUAUUGGAUUUGAAGGCUAUGAAAAGAGGCUUGAAUUGUCCUUUUCUGAGCCUAGUUUCUUUGCUGAUCCUGGAGGGAUGGGCCUCCGCUCUCUGUCCAAAUCUCAAUUAGAUGAGAUUCUCAAACCAGCUGAAUGCACCAUUGUUGAUUCGCUUUCAAAUAAUCACAUUGAUUCCUAUGUUCUUUCAGAAUCUAGUCUCUUUGUGUACCCUUACAAAGUUAUCAUUAAAACUUGUGGGACUACCAAAUUGCUUCUUUCAAUCCCAGCAAUUCUGAAAUUGGCUGAUACUCUUUCACUCACUGUAUGUUCUGUGAGGUAUACUCGUGGGAGCUUCAAAUUUCCUGGGGCUCAGUCAUUUCCACAUCGUUGCUUCUCUGAGGAAGUAGCUGUUCUUGAUGGCCAUUUUGGCAAACUUGGUUUGGAUAGCAUAGCAUAUGUGAUGGGUAGUCCUGACAAAACCCAAAAAUGGCAUGUAUACUCUGCUUCUGUUGAUGUUGGGUACAAGUUGCGCAGUGCCCACACUCUUGAAAUGUGCAUGACUGGCUUGGACAGGGACCGAGCAUCUGUUUUCUACAAAACACAAUCCAGUUCAGCUGCUGUGAUGACUGAGGAAUCUGGUAUUAGGAAGAUCCUCCCACAAUCUGAUAUCUGUGAUUUUGAUUUUGACCCAUGUGGUUACUCCAUGAAUGCCAUUGAAGGGGAUGCAAUCUCUACAAUUCACAUCACUCCAGAAGAUGGUUUCAGUUAUGCGAGUUUUGAAGCUGUGGGUUACAAUUUUGAAGAUAUGAAUUUGACUCAGCUGCUUGAAAGGGUUUUGGCUUGCUUUGAACCAACUGAGUUCUCCAUUGCAUUGCAUUCUGAAGUUUUACACGAUGAACUGGGAAAGAAGUUAGCUCUGGAUGUGAAGGGAUAUAGCAGUGGAGGGAGGAACCAUGAAGAUCUUGGGAAGGGUGGAACAAUCAUCUAUGAGAGUUUUGUAAGAAGCAAAGGAUGUGCGUCUCCAAGGUCAAUCCUGAAAUGUUGUUGGAGCGAGGAUGAGAACGACGAGGAAGUUGAAGAAAAAUAGUUGUUUUUGGUAUGUUGUCUUAAUUUCGGUGUGUAAUUGAAAUAAAGUGUGAUUGUGAGGGCAGUCAUUGGUAUACUUUAUAUUUAUUGUUAGACUGGGCUCUUUUGAUAUUACAUGUUUGUGUUGGCGAUGGUAUUGCAGAUCUUGCAUAUAUGUUACAAAUUAGUAUUCCACCGCAUCCUAAAUAAAUGCAAUUUGUGUUAA